AUGCAAAUGCAAGCGCCACAACCAAUAUUGGUUAUUGACCCGACGGAAGCCGCCAGACUACAGAGAGCUCAUCGUCAUUUGCACGUUUCGUUUGAUCUGUUCUCUACAGAACUGCAAAGAUUGGAGGCUACUAAAAUAUUCCUGCCUCAAUGGCAGUAUCCUGAACAGGAGAAUAAUGAAGAAUGGGCAAUGGUGCCUUCCCCAUCACCAAUUGUGUCACAGGAAACAUCUCACAGCGCGCUAGAUGUACAAAUUCAAUCUUAUAGAUCCUACGCGGCCAAGUGUAAUGGUAGGAUGAGGUUUUGGGAGUCUGCGAGACGCCGUAACCAACCAGAGGGUGAACGCAUUUUCAGCGAUUCCGACUACGACAAUGAUGAAGAUGAUACUAUAUGCGCUGAAAUGGAUUAUCAAUUGCACAGCGAAGACGAGAAGCAGGAAGUAGAAGAGCAAGAUCAGACUGAACCAGGAUUGACCGCAUUAAAAAAGCUUUAUAGAGCAUACCAGGCGAUCAUACAUACGUGA